GCUAAAUACAUGCAAUUGAAAAGUGUAAAUAUUUAUGAUACAGUCUUUAUUUUGCAUUCCAAAUGUACAAUGAUCCUGUUGCUCACCUUUGCCUUGCUACUGUCCGGCAAACAAUAUUUCGGUGAGCCCAUAAAUUGUAUGGCUGAUUUGAAAUUUAAAAAUUUUGUUCAUUCUUACUGCUGGACAUUUGGUACGUUCAUAAUACCAACGGUGGUAGCAGAUAAUCGUAGUUCCAUUGAAGUUGGUGUGAGUCCAAAUGCUGUAGAACAUUUAUCACUGCGUUACUAUCAAUGGGUUGUGAUUGUCAUCUUAAUGGAAGCAUUUUUCUUUUAUUUUCCUUCAUUUCUUUGGAAAAUAUGGGAAGGUAGACGUAUGGAACACUUGUGUUCUCCUGUGGUUAAAGCAAUUAUACCUCAGGAUGAAAAUAGAGAUUACUGUCGUAUAUUGGCAGCAUAUUUUAAAUCAAACAAUACAAUAAUUCAUAAAAAUUAUGUAAUUAAAUAUUUUUCAUGUGAAUUGUUAAAUUUUAGCAUAAGUAUUGCCAAUAUACUAUUUUUAGAUUAUUUUCUAAAUGGCUUUUGGUCUCGUUAUUUUCAUACCUUGUCUAUACUUUCACUCAACAAUUGGGAAAUAUGGAAUUAUCAUUCAUCGCAGAUUUUUCCAAAAUUGGCGAAAUGCACCAUCUACACAUUUGGUUUGGGUGGUUCCAUUAACAACAACGAUGCCUUGUGUAUGCUGCCCUUAAACAUUCUUAAUGAGAAAAUCUUUGCCUUUUUGUGGUUUUGGUUUAUUUUAAUUACUAUUUUGGCAGCUGUGAAAAUUAUUUACGAUUUAUUUUUAAUUUUUUGCUCGCCUCUGCGUGUACAAUUAUUGCGCACCCGUGUAAAUUAUAUUUCUUAUCGCCAGAUGUGUCUAAUUUUAAAAGGUCGUAGUUUUGGCGAUUGGUUUUUAUUGUAUAAAAUGAGUUUAAAUGUAAAUUCCUUAUUUUUUCAUGAUUUGUUACUAGAGCUGGAAGAUACUAACUUGUAUAAGAAACGAUUUACUUCUGUGCUUUAA